AUGACAGUGGACAAUGUGUGGAUGGAAGGGGAAACAGUUCCCUUCACCAUUCGUAAAACUGACCUCUCCAGUAUGGUGGACCUCCUGGCCGCCUACGAGACACUAAAGGCGCGGGUUGAGGGGGCUGGUCUGAAACUGGACAUAGAGGGAACAAAGAGGACAGUGGCCAGUAUAGACAGCGUGGGCAGCUUUUAUGACAUGUGUCCCAAGCCUUGUAGUGAGGGAUUAGACAAGCAGUCAUGUGAUGACAUCCCUGGGUGUGACUGGGGAGAUUUUGACAACCCACAACAGUGCUCUAACAACAGCUACCUGGCUGAGAGGGCGGUGGUGACAGCUCAUUUCCCGUGUGCCUUCAUCAUUGAUGAACUGACUCCAGAAGAGCAAGAAGAGACCAAGGAAAACUUCAUGACUGCCAUCCAAAAUGUUUUGCCUCAUCUGUCUCAGAAAGCCAUUCACAGCAUUAGAAUACAACAGGGCCACCCACUCCAUGGGAGCAGGAUCAGCUUCACCCUACAGGGCACCAUGCAAGACGAUCCCGUGUUUGAUUCGUACCAUCAGCUCAACCAGACUUUCCGCUGGGUCAGCAAUUUCCGUGUCGGCCCACACAGGAAUGUGUCUGCGUACAGAAGCAUGCACAGAGAAAGGAAAUAUGACGAUUUCACAAACCUAAGAGUACACCUGACCUUCCCGGAUACUGUGGACUUUGACCAGUUCCUGCAAAGUGACCCCCUGAAUGCCAGGCAACAGUUGAUUGGCCAGCUUCAGAAUGAGGUGAUGGCGGUGUUUCGACCUGAGGUGGCUGCCACCAUAGCAGAUAUAUGGAUGGAAAAGAAUUUUAUUCCCUUCACCAUCUCCAAAAGCCUUGACAGUGAUGUGAACCUUGUGGAAGAGUUCUACACAUUUCAAGAAAAAGUCAACAACAGCCAGGUUUCAGUUCAUCUUGGACCAGCUGGCUCUGUCACAGCAAGUGCUGCCUCCUACCAGGGAACUUUUGAACUUCUUUGUCCAAGAAAGUGCUCCGACGGUGUAGACAAAAUGUCUUGCAUGACAAUACCAGGCUGUGAUUGGUCAGAUUAUGACAAGAACAAAACCUGCCAGAAUAAUGCUUUAUUAGCAGAAAGCAUCGUGACCAAGGUAUUCUUCCCCUGUGCUGACUUUACCAGUCUCCCCCAGGAUGAGAGGACACAGAUUCUCUCUAACUUUAGGAACCAGCUGUACGGCCAUCUCCCCAAUGUGUCGGCCAAAGCUUUACAUUCAUUCAAGUUUGAAGAGAACAGUGCAGAUAUCAUUCAGUUCACACUACAGGGCACUAUGAGGGACCCCACUCUGAACAAGACCUACAGCCAUCUAGAGGAGUUGUUUCACUGGCAGAGGGGGUUCACAGUGGGACCAGACACCAACAGGGGCAAGUACAGGGCAAGGGAUCCCGAAGAUUUUACCAACAUUCGUAUCAAGCUGGUCUAUAGUGGUACUGACUUUGAUUAUGAAUUUGGGCAGUCUCUCACAGCCAGACAGCAAUUUACGUCAGAAAUACGUCGCUCCCUGUCAGUCGCCAUUUCCAACCCAGAUGUGACCGCUACCCUGGACAAUUUCUGGAUGGAGAAGGACUACAUACCCUUCACCUUCAGUAAGCCUGUGGACAGUCCUGUGUCACUGCUCCAUCUAGUGGACAAUGUCAGAGCUGCAAUCCAGGCAGGGGUUCUGAGAGUGAUCGAAGCCAAAAAAUUUGUCCCACCCAAGGUCGAGUGGUUUGGUUCCUUCCAUGAACUAUGUCCCAAAGAUUGUUCAGAGGGUGGUAACAGCAGCAGCUGUGACCUUAUUCCUGGCUGUGACUGGGGAGACUAUGAUGUUCCACCUAUCUGCUCCAACAAUAGUUACUUGGUGGAGAGAAAAAAUGUCACAGUGUUUUUCCCAUGCAUGGAUUUGGGAUCCCUUUCUUUGAAGGAAGCUGAGGAAAUACGGGAAAACUUCCAGGCAUCCAUCCGUGCCUUGUUGCCCAAUGUCUCCUCAAAAGCCAUUCACUCCUUCAUGUUCAAUUUGCCAAGAAGCCUCAGCUUCAUCCUUCAGGGCACGAUGCAAGACCCGCCAGUUGUGGAGAGUUUGGGCAUCCUCCAGAGGGGGCUGCAGAGCAACUUUGCUGUUGGCUCAAAUUCUGACCCCAACAAAUACACAGCUACCACCAGUGAUGGCUUUACCAUGGUCCAUGUGAAAUUUUCCUUUAAAAAUGCUGACUUGGUGAAUGUCUUGAAGAAGAAUCCACUGACAGCGCGUCAGGAGGUUGAGCAGUCAGUACACGCCAUAGUAGACAUGGUUCUGAACAAGACUAUAGCCAACAGAGUCCAAGAUAUAAGAAUUGAUCAGCGCCACAUCAGCUUUGCUAUCACCAAACCACCUGGUUCCCCUCUAGACUUAAUGGACCAUGCAAAGAGAUUGGAAGCUGAAGUAGGAGUUGGAAGCAUCCAUGUCACAAUAGAGGGGGUAAACAGGGUGCCUACAGGAGUUAGUGUGACUGGCUCUUACCAGGAUAUCUGUCCAAUAACGUGCUCUGAGAGAAAAGACCAGUUGUCAUGUGACGCAGUGACAGGAUGUGCUUGGUGUAGUAUUGGUCUUGUCUUGGCCUGCUCUAACAGCUGUCUGCUGCCAGAAAGGAUAGUAGUGUCCACCUCUGUCCCCUGCCUGGACAAACUGACCACUGAGGAGGAGACUCAAAUGGUGAAGAAUUUUGAGAACAAAAUACGGUCUUCUGCCAUUGGAUUAUCAGCCAAAGCUUUACGGAACUUUACAUUUACUAAGGACACCCUCUCCUUCACCCUAGCUGCUGUGAUGAACGAUCCGCCCCUGAACCAGACUUACCGCCAUCUUGAGAACUUGCUGGCGUGGUCCCAGGAUUUCAGGAUAGGUCCUGACUCCAGUCCCAGCCAGUACAGGACACGGGAGGCUGGAGACUACACCAAUAUGAAGGUGAAAGUGCUGUUCAAGGGGGUGGACUUUGACAGCCAGCUGAUGAGGUCACUAUCCCUGAGGGACCAACUGAAGCAAGAGCUUUACACAUUGGUCAGCUCUCAUAUGGCUCAGGAGGUCGCACAGACAGUGGAUGAUGUGUGGAUCAGAGGGAACUACAUCUCAUUCUCAGUGAACAAGACCACAACUAGUCAAGCUAAUCUGUUGAGUUCUGAGGCGGCCAAACUGAAGGCAGCUGUAGACCAGGGGGCGGUCAAUGUCAAGGUCAGUGGACUGACCCUUCAGGCUGAAGAUGUGUUGGUGGAGGGAAGCUUUGAGGAUCUGUGUCCUCAACCAUGCUCCCCACAAAAUGGAACAACAGAGAUGAUCUGUGAUGGCCAGCCUCGCUGUCACUGGUGUUACCUUGACAACCAGCCAUACUGUGGUGACGACUGCCUUCUGCAAGAGAGGUUCUCUGACAUAAGUGUGUUCCUGCCAUGCCUACCAGACACACUGACACCUGCAGAUGAGCAGGAACUGCUGCAAGAUUUCCGAUCAAAAAUUCUGGCUAUUGCACCGGUCACUGAUAAAGGCAUUCAGAACCUUACUCUUCAGGGGCAAACCAUCCACUUUGCCAUUCAAGCAGCACUGAAGGGGCUAUCAAUAGCAGAUGCCAGACAGAAGAUCCAGAACCUUCUGGCCAUGACUAACUUCAAACUUGGCACCAAGCAAGAACCUGGUGCCUUCACAGUGUCGGCUGCUGAUGAUUACACCAAUGCUGUUUUCACUCUUAUAUUAAAUGGUGUGGAUUUUGACCAGCUGUUAGCCCGCUCUCACAGUCUGAGGAAGGACAUAAUGGCAGAGCUAGAGAAACAGUUGACAUCCUAUUUCAGUGCCGCGGUUGUCAGGUCACUGGGACAUCUGAGUCUACAUGGGAAUAACCUUACUUUUGCUCUCAGUAAGCCGAAGAACCUUACAAGUAUAAAUUUGAAGUCGGAAGCAGAGGCUUUUUUCAGGGCUAUAGACAGUGGCAAAGUCAAGGCCAUAGUGGCUGGAAAUGAGGUCAAGGUCAUAGGGAAGACUAAGACAUUUUCAUUUGAGUCUAUGUGUGACCAGGAGUGCAGCACUAGCACUCAGCAUGCUACAUGUGUGUCUAAGCCAGGAUGUGGGUGGUGCACUGUUGGUGAAGGACCUUACUGUGGUGAUAACUGUUAUCUGACAGAGAGGCUGCCAUACCAGGCCUUCAUCCCCUGUAACAGGACAAUGAAGUUCAAUGCAGCAGAGAUUGCAGAAGUGGAAAGAAAUUUUAGAGCAGAUCUUGUCAGACGUUUCCAUCCAGCUCUCACAGAUAAGAACAUUCCAGAGGUGAUGGUGAAUGAAGAAGGUGUGAGGUUUGUCCUCCAGGGAAGUAUGCAGGUGUCUGAUCUCUCUCCAUACAACAAGACUGUGCUGGACGCCAUGUUCUCUGUAGCUGGCCAGUUCAAGGUGGGACCUAACGGCAAAACUGACAUACCGACAAGGAACAAAGAUGACUUCACUGAUGUACUUAUGACAAUGGAGUUCCAAGGAGAAGACAUCUUAUCAUUUCACACUGAUAUUAUUCAGGGACUGAAGACUUUCUUCAGCUCUGAGUUGCCAGCAGAAGUGAUGUCAACAUUAACUGUCACAGACAUACAAGGGGAUACCAUAACAUUCACAUUCUACAAGGCAGAGAGAAGCACAGUGAACUUAGUCUCUGUGGCCGAGAGAUUCGUCCAGCAGCAGAACAGUGGGGGGUCCCUGAGAGUGGCACUGGCCAAUGGUCACUCACUGACCCCCAGCAGGGUGACCUAUACUGCAGACUAUCACAGCCUGUGUUCAGGUCCCAGACCAGCCAUCAUCUUCACCACAACUUUGUCUCCACUCACCACCGAGUUGCCUAGCAACCAUACCAAUGGGACGUCAACUGGUAUCAAGAAUAUUGCAAACUCCACUCCUCCCAGCGUGCCAACAACAGUGAUGGUGGAUUCUACGACUGCUGGUAAUAAUGUAUCCACUGCAUCGAUUGUCUUUAGGUCAACAAGUGUGCCAUCAUCAGCACCCCCUGGUGUCACAACCAUACCAGGAAUGCCUAACAUCACCACUGAAACAACCUCAACAAAGGAGACUGGGAUAAGUGGUAAAUCUACUGCUGGUGUCAAAACCACCUUCCAUUCCAGCAACUUACCAACAUCUGGAACAACUGUGAGUUCUCUCACAGGGAAUACUAGUUCAGGGGGACUGAACAGUGGGUCGUCUGCUGCAACUUCAGGGGUUACCAUGACAACAAAAAUGGGAGGAGCCUCUACAGGGUCUGGCCAAUCAACAGUCAGCAUGUCAUCAAUACCAGUGUCAGUCACUCCCUCUCUCAGUUUCAGUGUUGGUGGUAAUAGUAAUGGAGGGCAGGGGACAACUACAACAGGAACUAAGUCUUCUCCAGACAGCUCGGCAAAGACAACUCCAGGAAACAUGGUUUCUUCCCCAGCAAGUAGCGCAGUAAACAGUCAACAGACUACUCAGAGUAGGGUAACAACAGGAACUUCCACCAACAGCACAGCCACGCCACCUGGUAUCCAGACAUCUCUGGUCAACACCUACAGCAGUGUGAAAAGCAAGACAACUCCUUCUUCUCCAACUGGAAUAAAACCUCAGAUCAAUGUGAUACCAGGUAAACCAGGCCUAGGGGGUACAACACCUGGACAGGUUACUGUACAGAUCUCCCAGUCGUCUGCUGCCCCCACCUCCGCCUUACUGCCUACCAGUCUGCCCCCUAGUGGCACGUGUGCUCCAUCUAUAACUAUAUACUACAACGGAACUCCAGAGGCUUUGAAUGAAAUUAUUGAUGUCCUGACCAACCGCACAAACUGUAGUGACGUUGAUGUGAAGAAUGCACGUGUGGGGUUAGUUGUGCCCCCUGUGACCCCUCUACCUUCCGUCAACCCUAUGGGCCCUGAGAAACAAAUUUUAACCAAUGAGAAAACAGACACAGACGACAGCAGUCAGAAGGUUGGCCUUGGUUUGGGAAUACCUCUAGGAAUUCUGGGAACAUUAGCAGCCUUGGGACUUCUGGGCUUCCUGUGGAAGAGGAAGAAACCCAAGAAGACUCCAGUACGUCAGCGUGCCGUCACACCCGUAGAGUCCUUCAACACCAACAUCUACCAGGCCUCUAUGGGGGAUGACCUCAGCUACCAGUUCGGACAGAAAGGAGCCGAGUUAAACCGUUUCAGAGACGACGAGGCCAUCUUUGGGAGGCUGAACGAGCCGUUGGCAGCCAGUCCACGCCCUGAUAGUGCUGAGAAGGCAGAGAAAGACAUAGAAGUGACAGAUACCAGUACCAUGGCAACAGCAAUAGAGUCAUACAACGGCUCCGACCAGGAGAAUUUUUUCCGUUUGUGCAUUUUAAUUGUUGAUCGUGCCCUGUCGGUCUUGCAACAUGUUCUUCAGGAAGAGCUGACAAGAAAGUACCCCUAUAUAUUUGACCCCAACACGGGGCUGUUAUGUGGGGUGCUUGGUUAUGGUAAUAUCAAGAAAAAACUGUAUAGAUUGUCAGUAUUUAAUAAGCAGCAAAAAGACCAAUUGUAUCCUUCUGGGAAUCCCUCCACAUCAGUAACUGUUGGUGAUUUGGACAUCACACUGACUGUGUUUUUGUUGAGGAACAUCACAACACUGAGGACUAAGUCCAAAGCAUGGGACAACCCCUCUGACAGCGAUACAUCGAAAGAAGCCGAGAUUGGUCGAGUUAAAAGAUAUCGAAAUCAUAAUUAUGCACAUUUAAAAGAGACAGCAAUCAGCUUGGAUGUUUUUCGAGAAAAAUUCUCAGGUCUCAAGUCCAGUCUCCUGGCUCUCUCUGGCAGAUACAGUGGUGAGGAAUACGACGCCAUCUUGCGAGAACCUCUUGGCGCUGAGCAUUAUAAAGCUGCUAUGAAAGAAGUGAAAGAGUGGAUGAUGGAGUAUGGUGGUAUGAUCAAAGGCACUCACGAAAUGGUUCAGGUGAUAUAUGACAGGAUUCAAGAUGCAUCAGCACUUCGGAUAAGUCCAGGUUCUCGAAGCAGAUCGUCUUCCCAGUCUGACAGCGACGACUCCCCAGCACCCUCAACUUCCAGAAGUGACCAGAAAACUAGACGUCACCGCAAGAAGAGGGCUAAAAGAAGAUCUCGAAGCAGAUCUUCUACUCUGUCUGACAAGGAUUCUCCAGCACCCUCAACCUCCACAAGUGGCCAAAAAUCUGGAAACUCAGAUCCAAGGACUAGACGUGGAAAACGCCGGAUUGGAGACCCUAACCCACAAUUUUUAAAACAUUCUGCAAAACGCAGCAAACUUGAUCCAACAUCAACUACAAUAAUAACGGGUACUCACGAACAGGCACCUGAAACCAGUCCAGUAGAGUCAAAAAACAAGCAACUAGCCGAAUUCUACAUCCGUCACAUGAGCCAGAUACAGCGUCUUCCCUGGGACCCCGACGACACGAUGCUCAUAGAUGAAGUAUACGUUAAUUCGCAGUGGGUACAAGAGGGAAAGAAAGCAGCAAGUACCAGUUCUGGUCCAAACCAGAGCUAUACAUCAAUAUUUAAUGAUUACGCACAAGGGAAGACACCAAAGAGAAUAUUGGUCAGAGGUAAAGCAGGCAUCGGCAAAACCACAUUUACACAGAAGAUAGCAACAGACUGGGCAAAUGCUACACUAGGUAAGAAGGAUUGUCAUGCGGGACUUUCAAACUAUAAACACCUGUUCAUCUUGAAUCUACUUGAAAUUAAGAAAGAUCAAACUUUGGAGAAAGCAAUAGAAAUGCAAAUCCCUUGCACUGCAGAAAAUGAGAAUGUGAUAAAGGUAGUGCUGAAUAAGGACAGUGACCAUGUGUUGUUGGUCUUUGACGGCUAUGAUGAAUACAAUCGUAAUACUUCUGAAGAAAUAACCAACAUCAUCGAUUGCAAAAAAUACCAGAAUGUAUGCACCGUCAUCACAACACGUCCAACGAAGGUAGAAGGAUUGAACCUACGAAUAAUGGACAGUGUGUAUGAUAUCACUGGACUAACAGAGGACAGCAUAGUUGAAUAUGUUGCUAAAUUCUUUAAUGAUAAACAGACAUAUGAUAAGUACCUGAAAUUGAAGUCAGACUAUGAAACCUUCCCGUUAAAAUGGAAAGCAGAUUCAUUAUCAUCAUUCGAAUUUAACCGAGAUUAUAUAUCAUAUUUCGAGAUCAAGGGCGUCCAGGAAUCAAUAGGAAUAGGUCUCGUAGGCUACCUGAAGGAAAGGAAACUGAUGUCUCUGGUUGAGAUCCCAAUACUUUUACUUUUCAUUUGUCUCAUGUGGCAAGAGGAUCAGGAAAGUGGUGCCAAGACAGAUUCACUCCCAGCUUCAUAUACACUGCUAUUCAAGAAACUAAUACAGUUGCUUGUAAGACGAAGAUACGACAUUACCACACAGAAAGAAAUGGAAGAAUCUGCACAUGUGAGAAAACUUGAAGAACAAAAUUUCAUUAGCCUUGGUAAGAUGGCUUACGAAGGACUGCUGAAGCCAGAUGGGGGUCUCAUAUUUAGUGAAAAUGACCUGAAAUCAAAUUCAGAUAUCAGUGAAUUAUACAGUUUAGGUCUGUUCAGCAAGUUUAAGGUGCACAGUAACCUUGACGUAAAACAAGAAGUAACUUUUUUACACAAAACCAUUCAGGAGUUUUUUGCUGCAAAAUACCUGGCGUGGACAUUAAGUAAGAAUUAUGGUGUUUUAGAUCAAUAUUUGGAAAACUUACACACCAUUUAUGCGCUCUACAACAUGGAGUAUGUGUUGCGCUUCUUGUGUGGGUUAACAGAGAGGGCAGCUGUCAAAGUCCUGAAGACAGCUAAAGCUCUACAGGGUGCAUCCCAGAAACGCGAAUAUUACUCAUUAGAAAAUAACGUUCAUGCUUUUGGAUGGGCCUAUGAUAGGAAGUACAGCCAGUGGUGUAAUGAUCUCCUCCUAGAACACUGGUAUGCCCACUGUCCUCAGGAAACCGUGCUGCCCCCUGAGCUUUUCUCCUGGCACACGACACUUCACAUGCCUAAAUCAUUUCAGCAUUCUGAUUCCAGAUUCCAGCAGGUUUUGUAUGAUAGCGUGGAUGGUGCAUUGCGCACUCCACAGAUAUAUUCUGGUCACAUACCCAGGUAUGGGCCUAGCAAGCAUACGUUGCCUAGGGGUGAUAGGACAGACUAUGACAGAUGUCAGGAUGUCUGUGAAGCCGUGCGUAAACUGAGCCAAGGUGUGAUACACACCACUAAGCUGAAACUCUUCAUGUUUAGUGGUAAUCACUUGGGUCUGUACCACGGUAUCACCAGUCCACUGAUAGCAUUGAUACAAUCUCUCAGUACAGUGUCAGAGCAGACUGGAAUGAAUAUUUACAUGUCCAAUAAUGACCUGGACAAAGUUGACCGCCUCAGUGAGCUGACAGAAGCCAUUGUCAGCUCUUACCAGCAUGUAUCAUCUUGGGAACUUAAGGAUAAUAACCUUGAGGAGAGUCUCCCGCAACCAGACCGCAGUCUUAACUGCAAAGUGGAAGUAGGCCUACACACACAUUUAUCGUUGUCUGAGGAAAGUGAUGGCGAGGACUCCAUGUAG